AUGAAUUUCCCUGACGUGUGGAUGCGCAAGCAGGCUGAGGAUCUCGCGCUGCCAUCGUACAUCGUCAGACAGGAGGAACUGUGCCGCCGUUGUGAGGCGGAGUGCCGUCUGUGCAUCACUGAGCAGGACGAGCACGCAGCGCGUGAGUGGGCAGCCCGCUUCCCCGAGGACGUCGCCGCCAAGAACAAGCGCAGACGGAGGGCAGAGAAGGCGAUGAGGCGGGCUGCGAAGAAGGAGGACCACGCACGAUGGAGGGCGGAGAAUGCGAUGAAGCAGGCCUUCAUCGAUGUGCAGCUCGCCGGGCCGACCACCAUUGGCGACAAUGAUCCCCGUUUACAUCUUCCGGUGAAGCUAUUGCCGGCUCCAUGCGCAGCAUUAGCCCACAACGCCAAAAUAUAG